AUGACUGCCAUCGCAACCGUUCCAGUGAUGACCAACCACGACUCAGGUACAGAAACAGGCACGGAGCACAGCCCCUCCCGUUUUACGGCGGUUAAUGGCAGAGACUCAUCCGCACCUGUGGGGAAUCUUAUUCCGAAUCAUCAUCAUUCGGAGGAUCGGGGAGCUCCUGUUGAAGAUUCUACCAAAUCUGGGGAUCGGGAUGGCCGGUCCCAGAGUGUUUCUUCACCCCACAGCGCCUCCGCCCCCAUCAGGUAUAAAAGAAGGAGAUCAGAGUCCGGGGAACCGGAGCAGGAUCAAAUUGCCGACACUCAAAACCCAGAAAAGGUCUUAACCAAUCAUCCAAGUGACUUGAAUGCGCUUCCCCAUUCCAACGGCUCUGUAUCCGUCUCGGAUGUUGAAACUGGUAAUCCACCAACGUCUGGUCGCUCAGAUACUAAUGAGGCUCCCCCAGCCUCAAAUGGCCCUUGGCCUGAAUACGAUGCACAGCUCGUCCAUCAGGCUCAACGAGCCCAGCAGAUGGAUGCAUCUGAUGUCCAGUUGGUGGAUGCCCUCCAACGAGAGACGCAGAGUCAGGAAUCCGGUCAAGGAAGUUUAAGCGGAGGUCGACCUACCCCGCCAAAUAUGCAGACUGCAUCAUCUCCUGUAUAUUCAUCUGAAAGAUCAGGAGCCGUGCAGGUGGCAAAACGGAAAAGAAUCUUUAGCAACCGAACCAAAACAGGCUGCAUGACGUGCCGCCGCCGCAAAAAGAAAUGCGACGAGCAACAUCCUGCAUGUGAGUUUGACCAGUAUUCACAUAGUGAAACCUGUGAGGUGGGGACCAAGGAGCUAACCGUAGGUCCUUCAGGCAACAACUGUCUUCGUGGUGGCUUUCUCUGUGAGGGCUACACAUCACGAAGUACCUGGCAGAAGCCUUCUGGCUCGAAGGCGCCCAUUCCGUUGCAGUCCAAGGAGGGCUAUCCAGAAAUCAGUGCACAGUAUCUUCCGGAAGCAACACAACAUCACGAUCGUCCGUCAAAUCCGACGGAACAUGCGGAUGCGCGUAAGAUGAGACCUGUGGUGGUCGAAGACGCUGAUCGCCCGGUGUCGCAAUAUAAUAACGGGAGCCCCACCGGGACCGGCUCAAGCCAUCCAUCAUGGUCAAAACGUAACUGGCCUACAGCCAGUCAGCCCACAUAUGCUUUGGAGCAUCCAGUCAAGGACUUUCGGGAUGUGACAACGGUCCAUGAGCUUGCGAGGGACGGACCACCCAAGCCAGACUAUCCCACAGUGCCCCCAAUUCGUGACAUCUCGCAUGCCGCACAUGCAAAAUCAAAUGUGCCUCUCUUUCAGGCCCCGGUGGAACAACGGCCUUUGCCAGCCCCGGCAAUCGAUGCGAACAGUCCCCAAGCCCAGGCCAGGAUGGCUCUAAGCAUUGAGCACCAGAUAUCAGGUCGUUCAGUGUCCACUGUUUAUGAAACGGAGAAGGAUAAGAUGAUUCAUGGCCAACUCUACCGACCAUUUGACAUACAACUGGUAGAGGAGAGAGAUCGAUGUAAGCUUGCACUGUGGCGGUUUAACAAUGCAUGUAGUCCCGUCUCUGGUCUGAACUCCAAGGAACAAAACCGCUUACUCAAAGAGGUUCUCAUUCCACCCUCCAGCUCCGUCGUCAACUCCCCCUCCACUGGUGCAUCAGCUACCCGGAGAAUAGGUAGCAUCUCACAGGGGGCUGUUGUGGAAGCUCCAUUCUCCUGUCACUACGGCUACAACAUUAAAAUUGGAGAAGAUGUCAUGAUAUCACAUGACUGUCUCUUUGUUGAUGACUGUCUAAUUCAAAUUGGUGCACAUACCUGGAUUGGUCCGAAAGUCACUCUCAUCACUUCAACUGCCCACUCCAGUAUGCAGGAGCGUAAGGGUUCUCAGAGCCGGUAUCAAGGGGCUGAAAUUAUAAUCAGCGAGGACGUUUACCUGGGAGCUGGAUGUACAAUCUACCCUGGUGUGACACUUGGUCGAGGUGCUUAUAUUGCCCCUGGGGAGAUUGUAAGAAGCCACAUCUUACCCUACGGAUUCCAGGGGUAUAGACCAGGCUAUAUGUGA